AUGAACGAACAUCUUGCGGAGAGGUUUGCUCGCGGUCGCAGAGCACAGCCUCGGGGCAAUACCUCUUCAGACCCCAACCACUCGAAGGAAGCACUUAAUCGAGAUAUUCGAGCAUACGUUGCGGCAGCGAAAGUAGCAGCCGCGGCUACGGCAAAGCCAUGGCUAGCGAAACCUGAGAUCCCAACCACCGAAGAGAUACUGGAUAACGAGGAAGAACCAGUUCAGCUCUUGGAGAACAGACUUGAUAGACCUUGGCCAAACCGAAAGAAGUAUCUCGAAACCCACUACGAGCUCCUUCGGGAAGAUGCUAUCUCGCCUCUGCGUGAUGCUGUUCUUCAAUUCAAGAAUACCCCUGACAUGGGUGAUGAUAACCAGGUUGCUAUUUAUGACAAGGUAACUAUCGCUUCACUUGCCUUGUAUUGUUCAAUAACAAGAGACCAGGUCUACAUUUCCGGUUUCACAUUCGCCCCACAAGGGUUGGCAGCUCAAAUUCAAUUUUCAACUGCUCGAGCCGGCAAGAGCAUUGCAUGGGAAUACUCCAAGCGCCUGAUAUGUGGAUCCAUGGUUGCUCUUACGCCGUCUAAGGAUAACUUUCGCAAGAAAUGUAUUAUCGCUAUAGUUGCUGCCAGACCGCUUGACAAUGUAAAAGCAACCCCGUCUCAGAUUGACAUCUAUUUCGCUCGUCCUGAAGAAAUUGAGAUCGACCCUCAGCAAGAAUUCAUCAUGAUCGAAGCGAGAUCGGGGUUCUAUGAAGGCACGCGGUACACUCUGAAAGCUUUGCAGAAGUUGCAUCAGGAGAGGUUCCCCCUUGCCGAGCAUAUUUGUACCCUCAAAACAGACUUACACCCCCCUCAAUACCUCGAAAAGCGUCCAAGCAUCGAUCUUGCGUCUGCUUUCAGUACUGCGGACCAGAAGCAAGCAACAAAGAAAGUGAACAUUCUUAACAACUGGCCAGCUGCUCCCCAAAACGCGCUCGACGAGUCACAAUGGGCUGCGUUGAGACAGAUGCUUACGACCAGUCUCUCUAUAGUACAAGGGCCUCCAGGAACUGGUAAGACUCAUGUCUCUGUCGUUGGACUUAGAGUACUCCUCGAGAACAAAGCCCCGGACGACCCUCCUAUCAUUGUUACAGCACAAACGAACCAUGCGCUUGAUCAGAUUUUGCGACACAUCUCCAAUUUCGACGACAACUACAUCCGUCUAGGCUGUCGCAGUAAGAACGCUGAAGUUAAGAAGCAUACACUGUAUGAAGCUCGAAAGAAGAACAAUGUUCCACCCCCACUCGGUAGCCUUUUUGGAAGAGCAAUGAAGGGCCAGUCUGAUUUGGCCAGGGCGAUGCUCGAAAUCAUUGCUCCUCUUGUGAGAGACGGAGCAGCUCAUCCACUUGCCGCAGAUGUGCUCCGUGACCUCGGAAUAAUCACAUCCGUCCAAGCUGAGUCUCUGAUAGCUGGCGCCAGCCAAUGGGUCUCUUCGUCCCCCGGACAAGCGCAAGAUCCAAUGUCUAUCUGGCUCGACAAGCAGCUUGUCCCGUUCGAAGUGUCCUAUGAACAGAAUAUGUUUGGGUUCGAGGAAGAAGAGAAAGACGAGGAAUACGAGCAAUUGAAGGAACUAGAAGCAGAGCAUAGUGUUGACGACGACGAAGAUUUUGAAAUUUUACGUGGACCAUUCCGUACCAUCGAAGAUAGCUUCACCUGCCGCGUAACCCCUUCACAACGAGCAGGAGCAGAAGCACAGCUAGCCAAGCAUUCUAAUCUCUGGGACAUACCGGAACGUGCCCGUGGUGGCGUCUAUCGCCUAUUUCAAGACCGAGCUAAGGCUGCCAUGCUGAAGCGCUUCAGAGAACUAGCUCCCCGAUAUGCACAAGUAUCUCAAGACCUGCAGAUAGGCAAAUGGGAACGAGACGCUGUUUUGCUCCAGAAGUCCAACGUUAUCGGAAUGACGACCACUGGCUUCAGCAAGUACCGCCCGUUGGUUGCAAGCCUCAAGCCGAGGAUAGUCCUAAUAGAGGAAGCUGCAGAAGUCCUCGAAGGACCUGUCACAGCUGUAUGUGUUGAAUCUCUGGAGCAUCUCAUCUUAGUUGGGGAUCACCAACAGCUCCAAGGCCAUUGCAAUGUCCAGGAAUUAGAAGAGGUAUUUCAUUUAAACAUCUCCAUGUUCGAGAGACUUGUUCGCAACAAUGUCCCUUUCAGAACCCUUACCAGACAGCGCCGCAUGGACCCUGAAAUCCGUCGCGCUCUGGCCCCUAUCUACCACAAUCUGGAGGACCAUCCUAGCGUCCUUGAUCGACCACCUGUGCCUGGAAUGGGUGAUGUCAGAUCAUUCUUCUUCGAUCAUAAUUGGUCGGAAGGAAACGAUAGUAUGCUGUCCAAGUACAAUGAACAGGAAGCCGAUUUCGUUGUCGGCUUCUUCUGCUACCUCGUACGGGGCGGUCUGGUACCACCACAUGGCAUUACAGUCCUCACAUUCUACAAUGGACAGCGGAAGCUGAUUCUGAAACAGCUCAAAAAACAGCCAUUCCUUGCUGGUCAGUACCUCAGCGUUAACACUGUGGACUCUUAUCAAGGCGAGGAAAAUGCAAUUGUUCUUCUCUCACUCGUGCGGAGCAACGAGCAAGGCAAAAUCGGCUUUCUCGAGGUGGCUAACCGUGUUUGUGUCGCCAUGUCUCGUGCACGAUUGGGUUUCUACAUCUUUGGCAACGCGACACAAUUGUCUAGAGACCAUUUGUGGAACCAAAUCAUCUCAAUCAUGUCCCAAAACCCUAAUCGUGUUGGUGGUCGUUUUCCCAUUCAAUGCGUCAACCACAAUCGAAAGUCUGAAAUCCAAUAUCCCCAGGACUGGGAUGGACGCCUUGGUUGCAGCCAGAAGUGCGUUGACUUGUUGGACUGCGGCCAUAAGUGCCCUCUAACCUGCCACUCGUUCCCACACCAGCUCGUCGUCUGCAAAGUCAAGUGCAAGCGUACUCUGAUCUGUGGGCAUCCGUGUGGAAUGGAGUGUUCUCAGGAGUGUUCCUGCAAACUCAACUGCGCCGAUUUCGCUCGCCUGUCGGAGAACCCAGAUCUGAUCCCGCAGAGCCCGCUAACCGGUUCGUACAAUGCUUCGAAGGAUCCGGAAGGGAACGGACUUUCGGAUCUUAAAGACGACCAUGACCGUGUGCCAAUAGGAGUACGAGGCAAUAACACGACAGAAAUUAAUCAAGGAAGUCGACCUGGGCCAAUGACGCCCCUCGCGAGCAGAUCGAUGACUCGCGGUUCCCAGCCCGCAGCAUCAAGCUCAAGCAGCACCACAUCAGAUCCAUUUGGGCGGAUGAGCCCUGAGAAACAGCUGCAAUCGCGUACCGACUGGGGCGCCUUCGCCAAUGGUGGCGUACGGAAUGAUGAUUUGUUGCGGGACGAGGGGGCAAUGCGCCAGAAGCAGCGCCUGAUGGAGCAGAACCUCGACCUGCUUGGCCUUCAUAACAAUCCCCUGGAAGAUCCUCAAGUGAGAAAGGACAACACUGGAACAGUGCAAAAAGAGACUCAGCGGGCCUUGAAAAACGGCCGUGUCAGACAUGAUCAUGAGUACGUCAUGUCUAAUGGACAACCUCAACGAGAGGUGUAUGAAGGAGUGGAGAACAUGAGAAGCGGUGGGCCAGCUAAGAAGCUUAGCGAAGUGCCGCGCCUGAUUGAAAUUGACUAA